AUGGCGCGCGCAGCCGGGUCCGAGCGGCGGCUGCUGGCCGUCUACACCGGCGGCACGAUCGGCAUGCGGAGCGAGGACGGCGUGCUUGUCCCUGGGAGGGGCCUGGCUGCUGUCCUGAAGACACUGCCCAUGUUCCAUGAUGAGGCGUAUGCCCGGGCCUGUGGUCUCCCUGAGGACACCCUGAUGCUGCCCCCUGCCAGUUCUGACCAGAGGAUCAUCUACACAGUGCUGGAGUGCCAGCCCCUCUUGGACUCCAGUGACAUGACCAUCACUGAGUGGGUUCAGAUUGCCCAGAUCAUAGAGAGACACUACGAACAGUACCAGGGCUUUGUGAUCAUCCACGGCACUGACACCAUGGCCUUCGCAGCCUCUGUGCUCUCCUUUGUGCUGGAAAACCUACGGAAACCUGUCAUUCUCACUGGUGCCAGCCCUCUCCCUGUGGUCUCUCCCCAGGUACCCAUCCAUGCACUGUGGAAUGACGGUCGUGACAACCUACUGGGUGCCCUUCUUAUGGCUGGCCAGUAUGUCAUCCCUGAGGUCUGCCUAUUCUUCCAGAAUCAGCUAUUUCGGGGCAACCGGGCAACCAAGGUGGACGCCCGGAAGUUUGCAGCUUUCUGCUCCCCCAACCUACCCGCCCUGGCCACUGUGGGUGCGGAUAUCACAAUCAACAGGGAGCUUGUGCGGAAGGUGGGUGGGAAGGACCCACUGGCAGUACACAGCUGCAUGGAGCGUGAUGUGGGGCUUCUGCGCCUUUAUCCCGGGAUUCCUGCUUCUCUGGUUCGGGCCUUUCUGCAGCCCCCCCUGAAAGGUGUGGUCAUGGAGACCUUUGGUUCAGGGAAUGGGCCUACCAAGCCAGACCUGCUGCAGGAGCUGCGGGUGGCGGCCAAGCGCGGCCUGAUCAUUGUCAACUGUACCCACUGCCUUCAGGGGGCUGUGACUUCAGACUACGCAUCUGGCAUGGCUAUGGCGGGAGCUGGCAUCAUCUCAGGCUUUGACAUGACAUCAGAGGCUGCUCUGGCCAAGCUGUCAUAUGUGUUGGGCCAUGCCGGGUUGAGCCUGGAGGACAGGAAGAAGCUCCUGGUCAAGGACCUUCGAGGGGAGAUGACAUUGCCAAUGGCAGCUGAUCGUCAGUCCUCACUGCAGGAUAGCAUACUGGGCCGCAGGGUGGCCUGGCUUCUCAGUCUCGGUGGUAGCCAGGAAGCUGAUGCUGUGCGGGCCUCCCUGACGCCCAGUCUGGCCCUUGCUGCAGCCCACACUGGUGACUUAGAGGCUCUGCAGGUUCUUAUGGAGCUGGGCAGUGACUUGAGUCUGCAGGAUCCUAUUGGUCAAACACCAUUGCAUCUGGCUGCGAGGAGGGGCCACACAGGGUUGGUCACCAUGCUGCUGCGGAGAGGUGUGGACGUGAAUUCCCGUGAUGAGGAUGGCCAUAGCCCACUGCUGCUGGCUGUGAGGGGCAGGCAUCAGGGUGUCAUUGGACUGCUGCGUGAAGCUGGGGCCUGCCUGUCUUCCCAGGAGCUGGAGGAUGCUGGGACGGAGCUGUGCAGGCUGGCAUUCAGGGCAGACAGUGAAGGCCUGCAGGCUUGGUGGCAGGCGGGAGCUGACCUGGGGCAGCAAGGCUAUGAUGGGCGCAGUGCCUUGCAUGUUGCGGAAGCAACUGGAAACCUGGAGGUGGUGGCCCUUUUGCAGAGGCUUGGCAUCCAGGCCCCGGGCCCUCCGGAGCUCCGUUUGCCUGCGAUGGGCCUCAACGGGCUGCACCGAAACCGAGAUCCCUGGAGGCUGCACCGCGCCUCCAGGCUUGCGAGAGCACACGGGGCUCUCGGUGCUGGGGUCAAGGUGCAGGCUCCUGCUGCGUGUGUUGCAGGCAGGCCAGGGGGCCGGCCUCCUCCUACGUCGGAGAUGAGAGCACAGGCAGGGGGUCCCAGUGUGGACUACGAGAGUGCGAACCCUGUCCCUCUCUGGACCUCUCCUACCCGGGCCACCUGGGACACCAACUCGAUCAAUGUGGCCUCCCUCAGUGAGCCUGGGCGUCCCGGGUCCCAGGCGAGACUGGGCAAGCACGUUCCCCAGCGCCAACCCCAGGCCAGGUGCGCCCAGGCUGGGCGCUGGAGGCGGGGGCGCCGGGCGGGGCUGAACGCCGGGUGA